UAUGAAUAUAAAGCAAAAAGUGUACAAACUAAUCAAAGGCUGUGACUUUUAUGGAGUUGAGAUUGGACUCAAUUAUAGACAACAUAAAUCAUAUAAAACUUUCUAUGGGGGUAUGUGGUCAUCUAUUGUUGCUUCCUUAAUCGCAGCUCUUUGUAUUUCUUAAUUCUUAGAUUGCAUUUUCUAUCUAUCUCCAGAAAUUCAUGAGUACACUAAAGAUGCUGGAUCUCUGUCUAAAUUAUUUGAAUCCACGACUUUUCAUUCCAUCUUAUUGAAUCUUGAAAAUGAAGGAAUUGUAACUACUCAUCAUCUUAACAAUCAAGAAACACUUAUAGAUAUUCAUUCAUUUAAAUUUGUAGCUAUAUCAAUUCCAACAAUACAUGAAGACAUUUAUGAUGUUGACAAUCCUAUUAAAAUAGGAUAAUCAUAAAAAAUUCUUAGAUAAGUUGUUUAAAAUCAACAAUUAACCAUUCAACUAUAAAUGAAAAUGUUAGAAUACUCAACAGACUAAGGCCUUCUAUGGGAAAUCCUGAAAACACAUGAUCAAUUCUAUUUAGAAUAUACAGAUACUUACUAUUCACAGAGUGAUUCUACUAGUUUAAGAUUAAUUCUAACAAUAAAGUACACACAAACUGUACUUAGGUAGCCCAAUAAUUAAACACGUGGAUCGAAGUUACAAAAGAAUCUAUAGAAUCCUAUCAAUAACUGGUGGUCUAGUUAAAGUUCUUAUGUUCGUUGGCAAAUUGUUUAGUAAACCAAUUACAAGAUUAAAAUUUUAAAUAUCUUUCCUCAAUCAAUUUUUUAAUUUUGGAUCAACUAAACAUUCUAGAUCCUUUUAUCCACUUAAUUCUUAAGCCUAUAGUCAGAAAUUAUUAAGAAUGCAGACUCUCCAUUUAGAUUCAAUGAAACUUAAUUAAUAAAUUUCACCAAUCAAAGAAUUAAAUAAACAACCUACUAAAAUGAUUAAAAGUAUUCUUAAAAGAUACUCUAAAAGAUAAAAAUAAAAUGAAGAUCCCGAACUCAAUAUAAAUGAGGCAAUUAUUCAAGAAGAAAAUCAAGAUGUAGAUGAACUCAUUGCUAAAUAUUUUCAACCAUAAGAUAUAAGAUUGAAAUUAUAGAGUAUUUAAUAUGUCAAAUACUUUUUUGGAUUUACAGGAUAAUUAAAAAAAAGAAUUAAAUAAUUAAGAUAGAAUCUUGAAAUUGUUAAUUAAAAAACUGAUAUAAUUUAUGUUUUCAAUAAACUUUAAGAAUUGGAAAAGUUAAAAUAAGUACUCUUAGAUGAAGAUCAAUUGAAUUUAUUUGAAUAUAUUCCGAAACCAAAUAUUGACUUACAUUAACCAAAAUAAGAACCUAAACAUAAUACAAUUGUGAAAGCAUCUCAAGCAUUUAGUUCAUUUUAAAUAAUAAAUGAAAGAGAGAAAAAGUCUAGAAUUGAUAAUGCUCUUAUAAAGAUGAUAGAUGCUAAUAUAAAAAAGUAUUUUAUUGCAAGUUCAGGUUGCAUUUCAUUUGCACGAAAUACAAAUCCUAAAUUUUCAUAUAUUAGUCCAAAUUCAAGUCCUAGGAGAGAAAACUCAGAGAAAUCGGAAAAUUUAAAACAUGA